GAUGAUGCGGAGCUUUUGUGGAUAUACAUGAGGCUGGCUGUACCUACGUGGCCGAUUAGAAUUCUGCUUGUGAAUCUCGUUUUAGGGAGGUCGAGAGGCACGAGAGCCUCGUUGCUGAAUCCAUCCUGUUUUCACCGCCUCUGGCACUAUAAAUCCAACGCCAACACCGCCACUACAAAGCCCAUCAGAUUCUCCGAUCUUCUACUGAGUGUUCUCCACCGAGCCAAAUGGCUUUCUGCUCAUCUGCUCCGUCCUGCUGUAGCUUGAUCGGUGCCUAUCCGCGGACUGCCCCCUCGAAGUCUUCACCCCGUCGUUGCCUCCUACUGCCAAUCCGGUGUACUGCGCGGACUCCUCCUCCUCCUCGGCGAUCGGCUGAUUACCAGCCGAGCUCGUGGAGUGACGAAUACAUACAAUCGCUAACAACUGACACCAAGGUGGAGGAGGAUACCGCAACAAGGAUGGAAAAACUGACAGAGGACGUGAAACUACUGAUCUACAUGAAGAAAGGAAUUGAGGAGCAGCUUCAACUGAUCGAUCACCUGCAGCAGCUUGGGGUGGCUUAUCACUUUAAGGAGGAUAUUAAGGAUGCUUUAUGGACUAUAUACGGUUCCAUGGAAGAGGUGAGCAUGUUGCUGAAGGAUAAUCUUCAUGCCACGGCUCUUAUGUUCAGGCUUCUCAGAGAACAUGGGUUUGCUGUUUCUGAAGGUGUAUUCAACCGAUUUAUGGAUGAGAUGGGCAACUUGAAAGCCAACCUUCGCCACCAGACUGAAGGAUUGGUGAGCUUGUACGAGGCUUUCCAUCUUGCGAAGGAAGGAGAGCACUUGCUGGAAGAAGCUAUAAACUUCACAACUAAACAGCUCAAGAGCCUCAUGGGGGAAUCACUUGAGCCUCAUCUCAGGGAGCACGUAACCCAUUCCUUGGAGCUUCCAUUGAACUGGAGGAUGCCGAGGUUACAGACCAGAUGGUUCAUAGAAGCAUGUCAAAGGGAAGCGAAGAUGAACCCUGUCCUACUUGAAUUGGCUAAGUUGGACUUCAACAGGGUUCAGAUCAUAUAUCAGAGGGAACUCAGAGAAGUGUCGAGGUAUUUUGAGCUUGCUUUACUUGAAUCAUGUCUUGUGCAUUCUGCCCUCGUUUAUGAACUAGCAAACUUCAGCACAAACUUAUGGCUAUCUAUCAGAUGGUGGAGCAAUCUUGGCCUGGCGCAGAGGCUUCCAUUUUCCAGGGAUAGGUUGAUGGAGAACUAUUUCUGGACGGUUGGCUGGGCUUUUGAGCCACAGUUUGCAAGAUUCAGGGAGGCGCAGACAAAAGCGAACUGCCUGAUAACAACAAUAGAUGAUGUGUAUGAUGUUUACGGCACCAUCGAUGAGCUCGAGCUUUUCACGGAUGCCGUCGAAAGAUGGGAUGUUAAUACAAUGGACAAAUUGCCAGAGUACAUGAAGAUAUGUUUUCUAGCCCUCUUCAACACUACAAAUGACACCGCGUACAAUGUUAUGAAAGAGAAGGGUCUGGAUAUAAUUCCACACCUAAAAAAAGCAUGGGCAGAUCUAUGCAAGGCAUACAUGGUGGAAGCAAGGUGGUACCACCAAGGCUACACACCCAAUCUUGAAGAGUACUUGGAGAACGCACUAGUAUCGAUAUCGGGUCCCCUGGCAACGACUCUUGCUUAUUGCACCAGUGACGAUGUAACUCGAGAGGCCUUGGACGGUUUCCAAAUCUGUCCUGAGAUUGCAAGAUGGUCAUCAAUGAUCUUUCGACUUUGUAAUGAUUUGGGUACUUCCAAGGACGAGCUUCGAAGAGGCGAUGUGCCCAAAUCUAUAGAGUGUCACAUGCAUGAGAGCGGUGUUUCCGAGGAUGCGGCUCGUGAGCAUAUCAGGCGAUUGAUUAGAGGGAAUUGGAGAGCAAUAAACGGAGAUCGAAGUUUCACUUCGCGUUUUGAGGAAAACCUAAAAAUGAUAGCCAUCAAUAUUCCUCGAAUGGCCCAUUGCAUGUACCAAUAUGGAGAUGGAUAUGGCAAACCCGAUGGAGUGAUCGAGGAUCGCAUGAGGUCUUUGUUGAUUGAACCUAUACUUAUGUAACAAUGUAAUUAAGGAUAAUAUCGUGAAGCUAUAAGUCUUUGAUCAAGUUUCUUUAGGUGUGAUCACUCUUUUUAUUCUGUAAAAGGUAUUGAUGGUGUAAUUUUCGUUUGUUGGUUGUGAUAAUUGAUCUGUAUCAUCGUUUUAAAAGUAGAAAACUUUCUUUAUUAAACAUUA